UCAAAGCUUCUCAAUUAACCACUCUUGCUUACCUGCAAGCAGCUCAGUCAGAUGGGCAAGGAGGUGGACGUGUCCACUCUGGAGGCCGGCGGCGUCCGCGACUAUGCGGACCCUCCGCCGGCACCGUUGAUUGACGUCGACGAGCUCGGCAAGUGGUCCCUGUACCGCGCCGUGAUCGCGGAGUUCGUGGCGACGCUGCUGUUCCUGUACAUCACCGUGGCCACCGUGAUCGGGUACAAGCACCAGACGGACGCGUCGGCGUCGGGCCCCGGCGCGGCGUGCGGCGGCGUGGGCGUCCUCGGCAUCGCGUGGGCGUUCGGCGGCAUGAUCUUCAUCCUCGUCUACUGCACCGCCGGCAUCUCCGGCGGCCACAUCAACCCGGCCGUCACCUUCGGCCUCUUCCUGGCGCGGAAGGUGUCCCUGGUGCGCGCGCUGCUGUACAUGGCCGCGCAGAGCCUCGGCGCCAUCUGCGGCGUCGCGCUCGUCAAGGGGUUCCAGAGCGGACUCUACGCGCGCUACGGCGGCGGCGCCAACGAGGUCAGUGCCGGGUACUCCACCGGCACGGAGCUCGCCGCCGAGAUCGUCGGCACCUUCGUGCUCGUGUACACCGUCUUCUCCGCCACCGACCCCAAGCGCAACGCCCGCGACUCCCACGUCCCGGUGUUGGCGCCGCUUCCGAUUGGAUUCGCUGUGUUCAUGGUGCACCUGGCGACGAUCCCGAUCACCGGCACGGGAAUCAACCCGGCGAGGAGCCUCGGCGCCGCCGUCGUGUACAACAACAGCAAGGCCUGGAGCGACCAGUGGAUCUUCUGGGUAGGCCCGUUCAUCGGCGCGGCGAUCGCAGCGCUAUACCACCAGAUCGUCCUCCGCGCCAGCGCCAGGGGGUACGGCUCCUUCCGGAGCAACGCUUAGGCUCACCUCGCCUUGGUCAACAUCCACACGGCCAGCCAGACCACGACUGAGCGCUCCCUGCCGGAGUUUAAGUUGAACGGAAAGGGUGAGCACCGGCGUGGUUAAUGCAGUAUUAGUAGCUUUCAGUCAGGUGAAGAGUUGUAGCACUGCCAGCAACGGCAGCUAGCGCAAGUGUUUGUGUUGCGCGCGCGCUGUGGAAAAGUGUGCCGUCGUCACCGUCCGUGUAUCUUGUUGUGUUGCAGUUAAUUUAAUAAUUUAAUA